GUUCUCCUGACAUUCGUUAAAGUUGGCUGUUUUCCGGUCAGCUCUCGCUUGUUUCACGUGCCGUCGAAUCCGGGCAGUGACGAUGCGCAAACCAGUGCUCAAUUAAUUAAUUAAUCGCAAUCCAAUCUAAUUAAAAAUGUCGGACCACGAACUAACCGAAGACGACCACGAGAUCAACGUCCUCGACACCGACAGCCGGCUGUCGCACAGUGACAGUGAGGCCCGGAGCUCCCGGAGCCGCUGCUCGACCCCGGAAAACUCCGGUUCGCAUCACAAUUCCACUACGGUCCUGCCUUUCUCGAUUUCGAACCUUUUGGGCAAAAACUUCGAGCAGAAGUCAGAGCCGGACCAGCUCUAUCCCAGCCCGGGGCUCUUCCCGCAGAGGGGCCUCGGGGGCCUCAUGCCGUCGGGCUUUUACGGACAAGGUGUGUUGCGAGUGCCCGCGCACCGGCCCCUGGGGCCCGGCAGCCCCGCCGGCGGCGUCUUCAGCCCCUGGACGCUGGGCCUGGACCCGGUCCUGCAGCGCUCGGCGGCGGCGGCCGCCUUCGCCACGCAAGUCGUCAAGGAUAGGCUGGCAGCGACGUUUCCAAUGACGAGGCGGAUCGGCCACCCUUACCAGAACAGAACGCCCCCGAAGCGAAAGAAGCCCCGCACCUCCUUCACCCGCUUACAAAUCGCCGAACUGGAGAAACGUUUCCACAAACAGAAAUAUUUAGCGUCGGCUGAAAGAGCGGCGCUCGCGAAAACGCUCAAAAUGACCGACGCUCAAGUCAAGACGUGGUUCCAGAACCGCAGGACGAAGUGGCGGCGUCAGACGGCAGAAGAGCGUGAAGCAGAACGCCAGGCCGCCAACCGCCUCAUGCUCAGCCUGCAAGCGGAGGCCCUGAGCAAAGGCUACAUGAGCGAAGGCCCUCCCCCCAGCUCCGGCCCUGGCGACACGGCCCUCAGCGCGCUGCAAAACCUCCAGCCGUGGGCCGGGCCCUACAGCGCCCCCCAGCCGGCCCUGGCCGAAUCAAUGUGUUAAAUAAAAAAAAAACUCGAAAAACUCAAACAAAGUGCAAUCGAAACCUUGUGUUAUAAUAUGGACCGUACUCGACUGAACGAUGCGCAAGUAGUGUGAUCUAAAUGUAUAAAAACCUAGAUUAAAAAAUUGUAGAUAAUGAGUUUUACUGUAAGCACUAGAGUAAUUGAUGCAUUGCGAAAUAAACUGUAUGACACUGGAA